AUGGCGCCCCACCUGCCCAUCAAUGCCGCCUUGACCAAUGGAGGCUGGGACGAGAUCACGUCGGCCGUUCUCUACCGAUCGCCCCAGGGUUGCUCGUCUCUUGCGCCUUUCCCUCGCCACCUGCUGGAACAUCUCUUCGCAGCUCAUCAAAGGUACAUUCUGAACUUCCUGCGUACGGGGAGCCUGCUGGUGCCGGAGGACCCGCUCAUCCGCAGGGAGCUGCAGAUCGAGGCCGAGUUCUACCAGAUCCCCUCCCUCAUCGACCUCCUGGCCCACCCCGGCAACGGGGGAGAAGCCCGCUUCUCCAAGGAGCUCUGCCACAAGAACCUCGUCCUCGAUUCCACAGCCACCGUGGCCACCGUGGCCACCAAGGGCACCUCUCGUGUGCUGAUCGACACGGCAAGCGUGCACAGUGGCAAGCACUACUGGGAGAUACGCCUCGACAAGCUCCAGAACCCCAACUGUGUGGCCGUGGGCGUGAGCCGCACGACCUCCAACUUGUCGACCUACGUGGGCUCCACCAAAGACGGCUGGUCCAUCAUCGUCAUGAACCGGGAGAACCUGAAGCGGUGGAAUUCGCCCACGUGCGAGGAGUACGGCAAGGGGGGCAUCUUUCGCGAGGGCGACACUGUAGGCCUGCUCCUGGACUACACGGGAGGGGAGCGGGGCACGCUUUCGUUUUACAUCAACCGGGUGAACCAGGGCGAAGCCUUCCGCAACCUCCCGCCCCACCUCUUCCCCGCCGUGUCCCUGCACUCCAAGGGCGACCAGGUGACCAUCCUGCCGUUUGCGCGGCUGCCCGACGAAAUGCACGACGCCUGA